CAAAAAGAAGUCAAUAGCCACUAUUAUCUACGGCUAUAACUAUGAGUUUUAAACUUAUCCUAGUGCAAGUAAAAAAAAUACCUGCUUGGACGAUUAAAUUUACCCGCCGUUUUGCGUUGCCACAUAUCGAUAUCAUCCCCAGGAAUAUUCCCCUACUCUACAACAUAUCGAUGACGGAUGCGAUUCAACCACAAGACCACUAGAAAUGAAACCACUGUUGCAUUGCACGUGUUUUUGUUGUCAAUAAAAUAUUAAUCAUUUUUAUUGGGUAAAUUUGCGAAUCUAGUAGCUGCGCCAUGGGCAAGAAGAACAAAGGUGCCACGCCUAACCUGGGGCGCCAGUUAAUCAAGGAUCGCUUCGGCCACACUCCACGCCGCAAGGUGGACGACACAAUGCUGCACACCACCGAACUGCAGGAUGGCUAUGACUGGGGCCGCCUGAACCUAUCUUCCGUUACCGAGGAGUCGUCGUUCCAGGCUUUCCUGCGAACGGCCGAACUGGCCGGAACCGAGUUUCAGGCCGAGAAGCUGAACAUCACGUUCGUUAACCCCAAGCAACGAGUGGGAUUACUUAGCAAAACGCAGGAGCAGCGUAUGCAUCAGAAGCACGACGAGCACCGCGACCACUUAAAGAUUCCUCGGCGCCCCAAAUGGAGCAAAGAAACGAGCGCCGAGGAGCUGGAACGCGCGGAGAACGAGGCAUUUCUCGAUUGGCGCCGUGACCUGGCAUUGCUGCAGGAGGACGAGGAGAUCCUGAUGACACCCUACGAAAAGAACCUCGAAUUCUGGCGCCAGCUGUGGCGCGUGGUAGAGCGCUCCGACGUGGUUGUUCAAAUAGUAGACGCCCGGAAUCCGCUGCUGUUCCGCAGCCUCGACCUGGAGCGCUACGUGAAGGAGGUGGAUUCAAACAAAAUGAACAUGAUUUUAGUGAACAAGUCAGACCUACUCACUACCGAGCAGCGUCGACAUUGGGCGGAGUACUUUGACAGUGAAGGCAUUCGCACGGCCUUCUACUCAGCCACUUUGGUGGAGGAGGAGCAAAAGCAAGAAACUGGGGCGUCUUCUGAGGAAUCUUUACCCGGAGUGGGGAAGAUACGCCAGGCAGCCGAGCAGAUUCACCAAUCGCUGGACAUGGUGGAAGAGACACUUAGCGCCAUUGAACAGAAGCUCAAGCUGGAUAACGAGAACGAUCAGCUACCGCGACUCCCUGGAGAGAAGAACAGUUCCCGACUUCUGUCCCGGGUUGAGCUCAUAGAGUUUUUGCGUCACAUUUACACUGGUCCAAGGCACACUGACCAGCAUGUGACCAUCGGAAUGGUCGGCUAUCCAAACGUGGGCAAAAGUAGUACAAUUAAUUCGCUGAUGACAGUCAAAAAGGUGUCUGUCUCAGCAACGCCCGGCAAAACUAAACGCUUUCAGACGCUUUUUUUGGACAAGGAUAUCUUGCUCUGCGACUGUCCUGGUCUAGUAAUGCCGAGCUUUGUUUUGACCAAGGCUGACAUGUUGUUGAACGGCAUCCUCCCCAUAGACCAGAUGCGCGACCACGUGCCUGCCGUUAACCUGCUGUGCGAACGCAUUCCGCGCCAUGUCCUUGAAGAUAAGUAUGGUAUCGUGAUAGCAAAGCCGCUAGAAGGCGAGGACAUGGAUCGCCCACCGCAUUCUGAGGAACUGCUGUUAGCUUAUGGAUACAAUCGCGGUUUUAUGACCUCCAAUGGUCAACCAGAUCAGGCACGCUCAGCCAGAUAUGUCCUUAAAGAUUACGUUCAUGGCAGGCUGCUUUACGCCACGGGUCCGCCUUCGGUGUCCCAGACUGAUUACCACACUUUUUCCGAUCGUCAGCGCAAGGUCAUCGAAGAAUCACAGUUGCCUAGGCAGCAGCAGAGAGCUAUGCGGAUUAACAAGAGCACGUCAAAAGAGCUGGACCACAACUUCUUCUCCGAAAAACCCACCCACGCCCAUGUUAAGGGGCGCACAAACUUCCCGAACGUACGCCUGUCUAACAACGGCACCCUAGUGACUGGCACUGAUCCGGCGGGAAAGCCUUGGCGUCACGUGAAGAAGGAGAGGCGCGAGAAGCUGCGCAAGAAGUUUUCACAUCUGGACGAGCAUUAAUUGUUUGGGGGCUUAAGAAUUUCUGUUAUAUGAUUAGCAUUAACCUUACCUAGUUAUUAAAUUUCGCUGAACCUGAA